AGGACCACGAGCAGGAAUUUAACUUAAACUUCGUUUUAAUUCCAUUUAGGAAAACUCAAGCCUGUCAAAACACCCCCCCUGAGCUACGGUUCGGCUUUGAAGGAACCGCCACUCCUUAAAUAGUUCAUAGCCUCGCUAGCGUUCUGCUCCCCAACGUUAUCCGUUUUACCCGCUUCUGUAUGAUUCGGUUUAAAGGAGAGAUCUGUAUCUGGAGGUUGAAUCCGACUUAUCUGUAAGCAUGGGAAACCAGGGCAUGGAGGAGCUCAUCCCGCUGGUGAACCGAAUGCACGAUGCAUUCAGCGUCCUCGGGCAGCGCUGCAGUCUGGAUCUGCCGCAGAUUGCAGUGGUGGGCGGCCAGAGUGCAGGCAAGAGCUCAGUGCUGGAGAACUUCGUGGGCAGGGAUUUUUUGCCGAGGGGCUCAGGAAUCGUCACCCGAAGACCACUUGUGUUACAGCUAAUCAACGCCAGCUCAGAGUAUGCAGAAUUCUUGCACUGUAAAGGGAAGAAGUUCACAUACUUCAGUGAAGUUCGACAGGAGAUCGAAGUGGAGACGGACAGAGUUACAGGAGCCAAAAAGGGCAUUUCCUCCAUUCCUAUCAACCUGCGUGUUUAUUCACCGAAUGUUCUAAACCUUACCUUAAUAGACCUGCCGGGCAUCACUAAGGUUCCAGUAGGUGAUCAGCCUCCAGACAUCGAGUACCAAAUCAGAGACAUGAUCAUGCAGUACAUCUGCAGAGAAAACUGCCUCAUCUUAGCCGUCACUCCGGCCAACAUGGACCUGGCCAAUUCAGAUGCCCUAAAAUUGGCCAAAGAUGUUGACCCGGAGGGUCUGAAGACAAUCGGUGUCAUCACUAAGCUGGAUCUGAUGGAUGAAGGGACAAAUGCCAGAGACAUCCUGGAGAAUAGAGUAUUACCUCUACGGAGAGGAUAUGUUGGAGUGGUAAAUCGCAGUCAGAAGGACAUUGAUGGGAAAAAGGACAUCAGUGCAGCUCUUGAUGCUGAGCGGCAGUUUUUCCUUUCUCAUCCGUCUUACAGGCACAUGGCCGAAAACAUGGGCACACCUUACCUGCAGAAGAUCCUCAACCAACAACUGACCAACCACAUUCGAGAAACAUUACCAGUAGUCCGCAGUCAGCUACAGGCUCAGCUGCUUUCAUUGGAUAAAGAAGCUGAGGAGUACAGACAGAUGGAUCCUGACGACCCCUCACGCAAGAUUAAAGCAAUGAUGCAGCUAAUCCAGCACUUUGGACUGGACUUUGAGAAGAUGAUUGAGGGCUCUGGAGACCAUGUGGACACAGUUCAGCUUUCAGGAGGAGCAAAAAUCAACCGCAUCUUUCAUGUGUACUUUCCACUUGAACUAGUUAAGAUUGAGUUUGAUGAAAAAGAACUGCGACGUGAGAUCAGCUAUGCAAUCAAGAACAUUCAUGGUAUCAGGACAGGACUGUUCACUCCUGACCUGGCAUUUGAAGCCAUCGUAAAGAAGCAGAUAGUAAAGCUUAAAGGCCCAUGCAUUAAAUGUGUGGACAUGGUCGUCCAGGAGCUUAUAGCCACAGUGAGGCAGUGCACGAGCAAGUUAGGGAUCUUUCCUAAGCUACAAGAGGAGGCGGAGAGAAUUGUGACCACACAAAUUCGGAAGCAGGAAAGACAAACUAAAGACCAGAUUUUUCUUUCAGUUAAGAUUCAGCUUUCAUACAUCAACACAAAUCAUGAAGACUUCAUCGGAUUUGCUAAUGCACAACAGAGAAAUAAUGCUGUGAAUAAAAAGGCUGCAGCAUGGAACCAGGGUGCAGCUCCUCCACCUUCCAGUCAAAUUGUGAUCCGUAAAGGCUGGCUGACCAUCAACAACAUCAGCCUGAUGAAGGGUGGUGGCCGGGAGUACUGGUUUCUGCUGACUACAGAAAGCCUUUCCUGGUUUAAAGACGAUGAGGAGAAGGAAAAGAAGUACAUGCUGCCUCUUGAUAACCUGAAGGUGCGUUAUGUGGACAAGACCUUCAUGUCCAACAAACAUGUUUUUUCCAUCUUCAACGUGGAGCAAAGGAACGUGUAUAAAGACUACAGGCAUCUGGAGCUGGCCUGUGAAACACAAGAGGAAGUUGACAGCUGGAAGGCCUCAUUGCUGCGAGCUGGAGUCUAUCCUGAGAAAUCAGCAGUGGAUGACGAAAAUCCCGAACAGGAUGAGAACUUAUCAAUGGACCCACAGCUGGAAAGGCAGGUGGAAACCAUCCGAAACUUGGUGGACUCCUACAUGGGCAUAGUCUACAAGAGCACACGGGACCUGAUUCCCAAAACCAUCAUGCACCUGAUGAUUAACAAUGUGAAAGAGUAUAUCCACUCAGAGCUGCUGCCUCAGCUCUACUCUGCAGGAGACAAAUCAGCUCUAAUGAAUGAGUCUCCAGAGCAGGCAGAGCAUAGGGAUCAGGUGCUACGGGCCCACUCAGCCUUAAAAGAAGCGCUGUCCAUACUCGGCGAGAUCUCUACCUCCACCCUGUCUACCCUGCUUCCACCCCCCGCAGACACCACCAGACUAAAGGCCAGCAUCAGCAAACGAAGGUCUCCCCCAAGUCACAGUGCUCCUAAGAAGACUUCUAAGAACGCUGUCCCUCGUGGCCCUGCACCUCCUGUCCCUUCUGCUUUUCCUGUCCCUACUCGUUCUGCUCCUUCUAUCCCCACAGUCAAGAAACACGCAGAGUCUCAAGCACUGGGACGCCCCAACCGAGCUGUUCCCUCUAUUCCCAGGAGACAGCCGCCAGCAGUGCCAUCUCAACAGCCACACUAGUGCCCAGAAAGUGACACAUGACAUCUGUCCAAGAGAGUCCCAGCCACAAGAAGGAAAAGAGUGAAUCACAGAGGAGCUACACUCAUGUAGCAUUGGUCAAAAAGUGAUUUAUUAUUAGUGUUUGUUCUGUUGGUAUUUGUUCAGUGGUGGUAGACUUUGGCUACAUCCAACAUCCAAAACUUGACACCCCAGCUUACCAACCAAAACUAUGUAGAUUAUUAUUGAGUUGGAUUUUGGAACAGUGAAGCUAUUCACUUUGGAACAGAUUAAUUGUAGCCACAAGAAAAUGACUAGGCUCUGUCAUGUCUAUAGGGCAGUGUCAUGCUAAAACAGCAAUCUGUUCCAACAAUGUUGGAAGCAUGCUUUUUGUAAGAGUUGUAGUAUUAUAAAUUUAAAUGAACCCCACUGAAAUGUUGUGCCACAGCCCAAAUCAAAAACAGCACCAAAGCAUUAUUUCUAUGCCACCAAACUUUACAGUUGCCACUAUAGUAGCCAACUAAAGUUAGCUCUAGUAUGGCUCUCAUGGUAUCUGCCAAAUAUAGAUUCUUCCAUCAGUGAACUGCCGGAUGGCAGAGCUGAGUUUCGAACCGACGAGUUUGAAAUGUCAGCUCUGGUGUAUUAGCGUGUUUUACCACGGCACCACCCGAGUGGCAGAAAGAGCUUUUAAAUCAGUAUUAUUUUGGAGCCAAGGACAGAUGUUUUUUACUUGUUUGUACUUUUGCACUUAUUUCUUCUCUAAGUCCCUAUUUACUAGCAUUGUCUAGGAGGAAUUUGUGGCCGUGUGCUUGAUUUUAGGCAGCUGUUAGUGUGUGGAUUAAAUAAAUGAAUCCACUAGCUUAAUGAGUGUCUACUAAAUGAGGCUGCACAGUCUAACACACCAGCACACCACUGCAGAGCGAUAAGAAGCUGUGAUAAAAGACUUGAUAAGAAGUUGAUAAGAAGUGGCUGCAGCUGAUUCCCAACCAGGAUUUGGAAAUGACUAUAUUGGGAGAUAAAUGGAGCAAAUCCAGAAAAAAGAAUAUCAACUAGAUUCUAUAAUUUAUUUUCACUAACUGCUUUGUCUUGGUUAGGGUUACGAUAGGUCUCAUGCCCCCCACCCCCACAAAAACACAAUGUUGUUUAAUACAGUACGGGUAGCACUGAGCGUGCCAUCUUCAGCUUAUGAUUUGUAGUUGAACUCAAGCUGGAUGCAAUCACUGUAUUUGCUAUGGCAAGUGCAGAACCAAUUAAAUUGCAGUGUGUUUUUUAUACUUCACGUGUUGCAAAAGCAAUCAUAUGUACUGAAGCUUUGCUUGUUUUGUAAAUGCUGUAUUCAUCAUGCCAUACAGUAUAUAUUAAGUAUUUUAUGUUUGGGAGUAAGUGUGUGAGUGCAAGCUUUUAAUAAAUAUGGUUUUUAGUUUUUGUAGGGAACUGCAAAGAGCAUCAUAUGGUAUAGGUGAACUCAUUACUGCUGCUUCAGAAUCCAGUGUUUGUGUGCUUUAUACCACAUCAGCCAAUUCAUGCCACUGUGCAUGUUGAGCUUAGGCUUGUGUUCUGCUGCUCAUCCUUGGACAUCCAAUUUGUAAAGCUUGCUUUAAAUGAACUGACCUUGUGUUGUUGCUUCAGAAAGAGCUUUUAAAUCAGUAAUAUUUUAGUCCUGGAGCCAAGAAUAGACGUUUUUUACAUGUUUGUACUUUUGCACUUAUUUCUUCACUAAGUCCGUAUUUACUAGCAUUGUCUAGGAGGAAUUCGUGGCUGUGUGCUUGAUUUUAGGCAGCUGUUAGCAGUGUGGAUUAAAUAAAUGAAUCCACUAGCUUAAUGGGUGUCUACUAAAUGAGGCUGCACAGUCUAACACACUAGCACACCACUGCAGAGCGAUAAGAAGCUGUGAUAAAAGACUUGAUAAGAAGCUGAUGAAGAAGUGGCUGUAGCGGAUUCACAAGUGGGAUUUGGAAAUGACUAUAUUGGCAGAUAAAUGGAGCAAAUCCAGAAAAAAGAAAUGGUUUGUCUUGGUUAGGGUUGCGAUAGGUCUCAUGCCCCCCACCCCCACAAAAACACCAGACACAAUGUUGUUUAAUACAGUACGGGUAGCACUAAGUGUGCCAUCUUCAGCUUAUGAUUUGUAGUUGAACUCAAGCUGGGUGCAAUCACUGUAUUUGCUAGUGCAAGUGCAGAACAAUAUAACACAGUGUGUUUUUUAUACUUCACGUGUUUCUGAAGCAAUCACAUGCACUAAAGCUUUGCUUGUUUUGUAAAUACUGUAUUCAUUGUGCCAUACAGUAUAUCAAUAUACAGUAUAUUAAGUAUUUUAUGUCUGUGGGAGUAUGUGUGUGAGUGCAAGCUCUUAAUAAAUAAGGUUUUUGGUUUUUGUAAGGAA